GAGAGGAAAAGUGCAGCAGCAGCUGGCUGCUGCUGGGGGUAGGAUCUAGGAGGAGUUGAACUCUGUCAGUGGGGCAGGGAGCCAGGAUGCUUAUUAAAACACAGCAGAGCCCACAGGGCAGAGAGAGGAGAGAGCAAGAGGCACUGCUUUUACCCUAACCACUAAGAGGAGCAUCUGGAAGUGGCUUUUCCCAAACAAGGCACCAGGGAGCAGGGCUUGGGAGGCAUGUGAGAAACUGUGCCACGGCCUGGAGGGCAAGUGAGCUCUGGGAAUCCAAGAGAAAGGAAGGAGUAGAGGCUGCGUCUCUGGAAGGCACUUGUGCUGAUUGGGAAAGAGGCAGGCAAGCCAGGGGGGAGCUGGGCAGGAGGGGAGGCACUGGUGGGUAAAGACCCUGAAGCCACCACAGCCAGACGGUGCCUGGUUCUUGCAUGGACCCAGUGUGACCAGGGAGGUCUGGACCAAGUAGCAGCCAGGAUCAGCGCAGGAGUCCACUCCAGUGGCAAUGCUGCUGCUGCUGCGCCUGCUGGAAGCCGAGCUGCUCUUGGCUUCCCUGAUCUCCACGCUGGAGUCACUCUCUGGGCCCUUCGGGCGAUUCUCCGCCGAGCAGACAAGCAGUGAAUCUUGUCCUGAGAAUAAAAUCUUGACCGUGAAGUAUUCCUGCACAGGCUCAGGUGGAAGCCCAGCCACCUGUUUACGGAGGCAGUGCUGCAAGGGCUACAGGUUUGUGAUGGGCCAGUGCAUCCAUGAAAGUGUGGACGUGUGUGCAGAGUUCCCUUGUGAGCAGCAGUGCACGGAUAACUUUGGCCGCAUCCUGUGCACCUGCUUUCCUGGCUACCGGUUUGACAGGGAGCGCCACAAGAACCACCUCCACCCGUACUGCCUGGACAUCGACGAGUGCUCAGAGGACACCAGGGCCAUGUGCGACCAGCUCUGCACCAACAUGCCGGGGAGCUAUCGCUGCCAUUGCCAGCGGGGCUAUCACCUCGCAUCCAAUGGGAGAACCUGCUUGAAAUCUGGGAAUGUGACUCCAGCAGCCCAAUCAGAGAUCUUGAUGGGUGCCAGGUCAUGCUCCAUAACCUGCGAGGAAUUCAGCAGCAUGAAACAGGCAGUCUCCCAGCUGAAACAGAAGCUGCUAGUUGCUGGCCUGGAUCACAGCAGCGGGAAGCCCUCAGUGCGGGGUAACCGGAAACCAGCAGCCCCCUUGCACUGCCCUCCCGCCCCAGGGCUGCCGGGCCCACCUGGACCCCCAGGUGAGCCGGGCACAGCAGGGGAGAGAGGGAGUCCAGGCCCAGUGGGCCCCCCGGGGCCUCCGGGAGUGCAGGGGCCCAGAGGAGACCUUGGGCCGAUGGGACCAUAUCCUGACUUUGCCCAUAUCAAAAUUGGACGCAGGGGACCAGUGGGCGCUCCUGGGGCACCUGGAAGGAAUGGCCUGAAGGGUGAACGAGGAUACCCUGGUCCCCAAGGGCCACCGGGCCCUCCCGGCUCCUUUGACUUCCUCCUCCUCAUGAUGGCUGACAUCCGGAAUGACAUCAUUGAGCUGCAGGAGAAGGUUUUCAGCCAGCGGCGGAGGAUGGAGUUUGAGCUGCCGCCGGCCAGGAGCAAAGACCCAGAUGUGCGUGAUUUGGGGUCUGGGCAGGAGGAGUCGCUGGGACCUAGAUCUGCACGCUCAACCACAUGACCUCCGUGCCAGCAUUUGCUGCCCUGCAACCACACUCAUACUUCAGAGGACCAUGACACUCCAUGGAUGCUGGACACGGCAGAUGUCUGGCCUGAGGAAACUGCUCUGAUCUGCCCUUACAGUUGCCUUCCAGAGUCUAUUUAUUACAACAGUCGGAUGUUAAUUUUUUACAAGCAGGAUGAUGGGAGAGGCUGCAUUUUUAUAAGGAUGUUUCUACCUCCCUAAGAGUAAGUGGGACCAGCAGGAUAAUGUCCAGAUCCAUGGAAACCCUGGCUGGGCUUCUCAUCAGCAGCCCAGAUCACGCUGGCAGGCUGCCUUCGGGUGAAUAGAAGAAGCAUGUUCCCAGACCUUCCCCCAUUGGAAUUCAACUGGAAGUAAAGUAUUUAAUUUAA